UCUAAUGUACCUAUUCGGUAACCUGAUAAAAUUAGUAAUAGUCCUCUUAUAGCAAAGUAAAAUAAUUGGUAAAGUACCGAAAAUAAGAAAUGAAUAAUUAUUGUUAUCAAUUGGUGAUACAUCGCUGAAGAUUAUUUAGUGCGCACAAAGCUGUAACAGUACUUGGCCAAAAAAAAAAAACAACCAGAUCGACGAUUAGAAAUAAAUUUCUAAUAUGGCUGAAGCUGAACAGAGCGAUAAAAAUAUCCCUGCAUCCCACAGAAGACCAUAUCAUCAAAAUAGACCAGGUUCUUCAUACAGAGGAAGGGGCAGGGCUAAUGCUAGUGUAAGCAAAGCUCUCCAUUUUUUCGGGGUGAGGGACCUCAGAGAAAUUCUCGAUCGGAAGCAUCAAGAUGAGGAUCAGACUAAAAGUGGACCCCCUCCAGAUCCUUCAUACAAUUAUUUGAAAGAUCCUUCGAGGGAAAAUGCGAAUGAACACCAGAGCCACAGAUAUAGGGAGAGAAUAUCAGGUGAUACUUACCCAAGAGGACAUUACUUCAGAGGAUCAAGAGGAAGAGGUAGGGGUGGUGGUUCAUUUAGGGAAAACCGACAAUAUGAAUCGGAUAAACCCUCUUUCAUACAGAAUCCAGUAAACAUAAAAGUUGAGGUGAUUGCCUCUACCGGAGAGAGGAACUGUCAGUUAGACGAAGAAACUAAAAUAGCAGAUAUUAAACACAUUCCCAACUACAAAUUGAAGGAUUUGAGACCUAGGAAUGAAGAUGGUGCUGGGAGAGAUUUCAACGAUAGGUACGGAUAUGAGCGGGGUAGGGGCAGGGGACAAAGGGGUAGACGAGGCAGAGGUAGAGGUGAAAGAGGAAGAGGGAGAGGACAAGGCAGACAACCAAACAGAAACAACGAAAGUGAUCAAUUGCAACAACAAACCAGCAAAAAUGCUUCCAAAGAGAAAUCUGCAGAUACUCCUGUUGAAAAUGAAGAAGGAAAAGAAAGCGGGGAAAAUCACGAGGAAGAUUAUACAGAAGAUCCAGAACAGGAAGAUGAGGGCCCGGAGCAAUACUAUGAAGGUGAAGAAGAAUCUUGGGAAGUAAACGAACAAAACCAGUCCCUUGACGAAGCUGCUGGACAAGUAGACAUAAAACUAGAUGAAAAUUUGGUCGUAACGUCUUCAGAAAAUGAAGAAAAGCGUAAAAGAACAGUUCAGUUUAAACUCGACGAUACGCGAAGUGACCAGGCAGCGAAGGAAGAUUUAAAAAAAGAGGAAAGAGAUGUUAAAAAGGACACACCUCUAAAGGAAGAGGAUAAAAAACUUGAUAAGUAGAAACGAUUUUGCUCUUUAGAUUUUGCUCUUUUGCUGAAAUAUUUUGUUUUACUUAAUUCAUAUAUUUUAUUGUGAUGUAUUUAUGUUUUUAUAUUGCGCUUUUAUCUUUACGAACUUAUUUAAUUUUUUAUUUUACAAUAUUUUACGAGCAUACAGACUAAAUGAAAUGUAUCGGUUGAGAAAAAUGGAAGGAGAAAUAGUAUGGUUAUACUGAUAAGUAAAGUAUAAAUAACGACAGUACCGGUGGUCGCUAGUGAAAUUCAAAAAAUCAUAUUUUGACCGCCUCCAAUUUAAUUUUUGUUUCUUAAAAUUUUAAAAUUUUUCCAUUACGAAAAUUCUCUAAUAGGCCUAGAAACCAUCUAAAAAACAAUGUGGAUCCCACGCUUCAUUAUCAGAAUAUGACCGUGUUCAUUUUCACCAGCUGCUACUGCAGUACAGGAUAUUAAGAAAAGGAAAAUAUAAAAAAAAAUAUAAAAACUUAUUCUUCUUUGAAAAGCAAAAAAAAAUUUGAAAAAAAGUUUUUCUAGUGCUCAUUUAGAGUAAAAAUAUGCAAACAAAAUGUGUUGAAAUGUGAGUUACAAAGAUUGAAUCGUUUAGACAUGACUUGGUUCACUUUUUGUUAACUCUCAUGUAAGUAAUUUUUCGAGUUUGCUUUGUUAUUAAGAGACUAAGACUAAAAUACGUAAUGUUUUGUGUAGUUUUUAAAAGUCUGAUUCGGACAACUAAUAAGAGCUUAAUAAUUGCCUUUAAAAUGUGCUUUAUCAACGAGAGGAAACUGUUAAGUGGAUAACAUUAUUUAUAAUGAAUUUAUUUAUGUAUACAAUUUAUUAUUCUAUUAUU